CAAGUCUCCAGACACUCCACACACACUUCUUCUAAUCUUUCUCUCUGUAUGUCGCAGAGUAAGUUUAAAAAGCUUAGCAACUUUCUCUCAUGGAGUCGCUUACAUCAAAUCCUUCCUUCGCUUGUUUCUCAAAAAGCUUAUCUCAUUACCCUUCUCGUCUUUCCUUCGUUAAGCUAACUUCUAUCCACAAGUUGGAAGCUCCAAACACCAUCUCGUUAUGCUGUAAAUCAUCCCCUUUGGGUUCCUCGAAUCCUAAACCUGAUUGCAAUGCUAGUAAUCGCCGUAUCCAGCUGAACCCAUUCUGCGUUUUGCGUCCAAUCAUUCGAACGAUUAAAGGGUUGGUUUCGUCUCAAUCCCGGCUAUGGAUGUCGCGUUUUCGAGCUUACAGAGACGAUACGGCGGCGUUUUCCGAGAAUUUCGCCGGAGAUCUGAAGCACAACGGUGGAUUGGGGAUUGCCCUUUUGAGCGUCACGGCUUCGGCUAAGGUAAAGAUUAGCCCUUUCGUGGCGACGCUCUCGGCGAAUCCGACAUUCGUCUCAGCUGUUUUCGCGUGGUUCUUUGCGCAGUCGAGUAAAAUGGUUAUCAAUUUCUUCAUUGAGAGGAAAUGGGAUUUUCGUCUACUGUAUGCUUCUGGUGGAAUGCCUUCGUCGCACUCGGCUCUAUGUAUGGCUUUGACGACCUCUGUGGCGCUUUGCCAUGGAGUGGCAGACUCGUUGUUUCCUGUUUGUUUAGGUUUUAGCUUGAUUGUGAUGUAUGAUGCUAUUGGCGUUAGACGCCAUGCCGGUAUGCAAGCUGAGGUUCUGAACUUGAUCAUAAGGGACUUGUUUGAAGGACAUCCCAUCAGUCAAAGAAAGCUUAAGGAACUGCUCGGUCACACGCCUUCGCAGGUUCUUGCAGGAGCAUUAGUUGGUAUUGUGAUUGCUUGCCUUUGUUGCCAAGGCCAUCUCGUCUCAGCCUAAGAUCUCUCAUUAACUCUUUUAUUCAUUAGUUUUCUGGUUGUUUUUGUUUUUUAUUCGGCUCAAGUUAUGGGUUGCAUCGACUUGGCUAAGGUUCGUGGUUGUAUCAUAUGUGGUGUUGAGCAAUAGAGAAAACUCGUGCUUCUUCAUUCUGGUUUUUGUAAUCACUGAAAAUUGCAAUGCGAGCUGGUUUU